CUGGAUAACAGAUCCCAUAGUUGUAUAUCUAUGUAUACAUGCACACACACACACAUAUUGGGAUUACUAAAGUGUUUCUUUUUGUCUCUACAGAGAGAAUAUUUUGAGAUCAAAGUGAACAAAACUUCAAAACAACAAUCAGAAAAUAACAAAACAACAAAACUACAAUCAGAGAACAACAAUCAGAGAACAACAAAAAUAACGAUCAGAGAACAACAAAACAAGAUCGGAAAACUACAAAACAGCAAAAUGUGGAAAUCAAUCUGUAAAUGCUUUUGCUUUCGAAAGAAAAAAAGAGUUAAGACCAACAAAGAAUCUGUAGUGGUGGAAGCCAUUGAGGAACCCCACACAGUCAUCUGCUUGGUACAACCUGCAGAAUCUGGCAAUACCAUCUGCCAAGAGAUAAAACCAGAACAGCAACUGGAGCUGGACACGACCAACUGCCAGCUGGAGAUUCCUGAAACCCCUGAUGUUAAGAUCAGUCAGGAGGAAGAACAAGAAGAUCAGGAGAAAGCUGAUAGCAGCCCCUGUCAGGAGAUACCAGAGGAACCAGGCUCUAACACCUGCGAGCCUGAAACUUCCAACAGCUCCGAAGAGCAUGUGGAAGCCCUGGAACAACAGGUGAUAAAACCAGAAGAAAAACCGGAGGAAAAACCACUGGAAAAACCGGAGGAAAAACCAGUGGAAAAACCACUGGAAAAACCAGAGGAAAAACCACUGGAAAAACUGGAGGAAAAACCACUGGAAAAACCGGAAGAAAAACCACUGGAAAAACCAGAGGAAAAACCAGUGGAAAAACCAGUGGAAAAACCGGAGGAAAGACCAGUGGAAAGACCAGUGGAAAGACCAGUGGAAAGACCAGUGGAAAGACCAGUGGAAAGACCAGUGGAAAGACCACUGGAAAAACCACUGGAAAAACCACUGGAAAAACCGGAAGAAAAACCAGUGGAAAAACCAGAGGAAGAACCACUGGAAAAACCAGAGGAAAAACCACUGGAAAAACUGGAGGAAAAACCAGUGGAAAAACCGGAAGAAAAACCACUGGAAAAACCGGAGGAAAAACCAGUGGAAAAACUGGAGUUAGCCACUACCAACUGCCAGAACCCCAGGAGAUAUCUGCAGCUCUUAGAGCCGGGUUGUGAGGACAACUAUGGGAUGAACUAUAAUGGAUGGCACCGUAAAGAGCAAAAAGAAGUGGCCAUUACCAUCGUUAAGGAUAUUGAGGUAACAUGUCUUGAUACGAUUACUAGAAUCAGAUACUAAUAAGCCUUUAGUUACACAUAUAUUAUGAUUGUUAAAUAGAAGGAGAACUUACUGACCAAAUAUUGGCAUGUUCUCAUUUCUGCACCAG